AUUUGAAGCCAUUUCAAAUAUAUUAAAUAUAUCAGAUACCAUUUUACUCUGUCAGAAGAAACAGUGGGCAUUACUAUUAUUUUACCUCAGAAAUGCAGCGAACUCUCAUCUCUUUCUUUUGCUUCGUCUUCCUGCAGGCUUUCUCAUCCAAAGUCCUUUGUGAAAACCAAAACACCUGCAGAGAGUUCAAGUGUGGGAAACAUGGCCCAGCUAUCAGAUUCCCUUUUAGCCUCAAAGGUAGCCACCCAGAAAAUUGUGGGUAUCCUGGGUUUCUUGUAUCCUGCAAUGAAAACAAGGAAACCAUUCUUGAGCUGCCAAUCCCAGUCAAAUUCGCAAUCAAAACCAUAGACUAUAAGAAUCAGCAAAUCGAGCUAUAUGACCCAGAAAAUUGCUUGCUGGUGAAGCUAUUGAAAGUCCAGAACAUGUCAAUCUCUCCCUUCCACUACUUGGAAGGCCAAAUGAAAGAUAUUACCUUGUUCAAUUGUUCCUCAGCUGAAAGGGAAUCGGUAUACUAUAUGGACCAAGUCCCCUGCUUGAGUGGCCCUGUCUACCAAAUUUCAUCGCCUCAUUAUGUGGACAUUUUGAUUCAUGACCUUCCCCUUCUGUCUUGUACGAAGAUCUCUAAUUAUUCCUCAGUUCCAUACAUGGCGUAUGAUCAUCAAAAUGUUUCUUUGGACUGGACGGAGCCAAAUUGCAGACCAUGCGAAGCAUACGGCAACAAAUGUGGAUUGAAGAACAAUGGCACCAAAAGUACCGAAAUUGAAUGCCUUUAUAGGAAAGGAGGUUCACUAAAGAAGUCAGCAAAAAAGUUAGCAAAAAAGUUGGCAAAAAAGAUAGAAGCAGCAGGUCCAUUCCUGGCUACAUUUGUACUGCUACUACUUGUCACUGCAGUUUAUCGUGUCCGCAGUUGUCUUGACAGAAAAGAAAAAGAGAAUCAAUUAAAAAUUGAACUAUUUUUAGAGAAUUACAGAGCACUCAAACCAAGCAGAUAUUCUUAUGCAGAUAUUAAGAGGAUUACAAAUCAAUUCAAGGUCAAAUUAGGCCAAGGAGCCUAUGGGACUGUUUUUAAGGGAAAACUUUCUGCCGAAUGUUUUGUUGCAGUGAAAGUCCUCAAUAGUACUAAGGGGAAUGGGGAAGAGUUUGUAAAUGAAGUACGAACAAUGGGACAUAUCCAUCAUGUCAAUGUGGUUCGAUUGGUUGGAUUCUGUGCGGAUGGAUUUAGACGAGCUCUUGUUUAUGACUUCUUACCUAAUGGUUCACUACAAGAUUUCAUUUCAUCAGCAGACAAUAACAAUUCUUUCCUUGGUUGGGGUAAGUUGCAAGACAUUUCUCUUGGAAUAGCAAAAGGAAUUGAAUAUCUGCACCAAGGAUGCAAUCAACGGAUCCUACAUUUUGAUAUCAAACCCCAUAAUGUUUUGCUAGACCAUAACUUCAAUGCAAAGAUUUCCGAUUUUGGUUUGGCCAAGUUAUGUUCCAAGGAUCAAAGCAUAGUGUCAAUGACUACCGCCAGGGGAACGAUGGGGUACAUUGCACCUGAAGUGUUCUCCAGAAACUUUGGAAAUGUGUCCUAUAAGUCAGAUGUCUAUAGCUAUGGAAUGGUACUGCUUGAGAUUGUAGGAGGGAGAAAGAACAUUGGUUCAACCACAGAGAACACCAAUGAAAUUUACUACCCAGAAUGGAUCUAUAAUCUUCUAGAAAAAAAAGAUGACCUACGUAUCAAUGUAGGGGAAGAAGGAGAUGCUAAAAUUGCAAAGAGACUUGCAAUUGUAGGUCUCUGGUGCAUUCAAUGGCACCCUGCAGAUCGUCCUUCUAUGCAAGGGGUGGUUCAGAUGUUGGAAGAAGGAGAAAACUUAACCAUGCCUCCAAAUCCUUUUGCCUCUCAGGGUCCAGCAGGAACAAAUACAAGUACACCUUCAAGAAAUUUAAAUCUCCAACUAGAAAUAAUUCCCGAGUUAGAAUAUGGAAUUAGGAGCCUCUCUCUGUGUGGGUGGGUUUCAAUUGUAGCCUUUUUGGUUCUUGGCUUAUCUGGUCAUAACUGUAAGUCUACCGCUUCUUCCUCCGGCAAGAUCCACAGAACAAGUGUUCUCGGCUCAUGGGAAUCCAAUCCUAGAGAUCGUUAUACGUGUGUCCCUUCUUCCUGCGGCGAUAUCCACAACGUAAGCUACCCUUUUCGACUACAACAUGAUCCAAAGCACUGUGGCCACUCAAGCUACACUUUGGAAUGUGACAACAAUGUCACAAUGCUGCGCCUAUAUUCUGGCAAGUACUACGUGAAGGAAAUCAACUACCGUCGGCGCAGAAUCCGAGUCGUAGACCCUGGCCUUGAGAAGAACAAUUGCGCUUCCCUUCCUCUUUUUCCUUUAGCAGAUUAUCAAUUCCAUUAUGAGGAUCCAUACGAGACUUUUCUAAAUAACCAGGUAACUUGGUUGAAGUGUGCAAAUCCAGUGAAUUCUUCUCGGUAUAUUAACACUGCUCCCUGUAUAAAAUCGGAAGGGUAUGGUUAUGCCAUUCGACACAUGAGUCUGCAAGAUUUGGAGAUUGGGUGCAGUAUAGUUUGGAUGGGUUUUUAUGCUGCGAUGGACGAAGACAUCGGACACGCCGAUUCCUAUCAAGAUAUACACAAUAACCUGCUGUAUGGCUUUAACCUGGAGUAUACAAAUGCAUAUGAUAUACCCGCCGAUUGCUUCGGUAAUGGUUGGCACAGUCAUGGAAGAUGUUAUCCACGCAGCAUCCGAGGUUUGUUUCAACUUGGUUGGACGGUGUUCAGGGGGUAUAAUGAUUAUAUUUUCUGGGGUACUAUCGCUACUGCAAGUGUUGUAGGGGUAAAACUUAUAUUUGGAGCUCCGUUUGUGAUUGCACUUCUGAUAUAUAAGUGGCGAAGAAGAUAUUGGUCAACCUACAACACUAUAGAAGAUUUUCUGCACAGUGACAAUUUCAUGCCUAUAAGGUACUCUUACUCCAACAUUAAGAAAAUGUCUGACAAUUUCAAAGAUAAGUUGGGGAAAGGGGGUUAUGGGUCUGUAUUUAAAUGCAAAUUACGGAGUGGCCACUUUGGAGCCAUUAAGUUGUUAGGCGAGUCUAAUGCUAAUGGUGAAGAUUUCAUGAGUGAAAUAGCUACUAUUGGAAGGAUUCAUCAUGUUAAUGUGGUGCAGCUUGUUGGUUACUGUGUCGAGGGUUCAAAGCGCGCUUUAGUAUAUGAUUUCAUGCCAAAUGGGUCUCUGGAUAAGUACAUUUACUCUAAAGAAGGAUCCAUCACUUUAAAUUACAAGAAAUUGUAUGAGAUUGCAGUUGGAGUAGCUCAGGGUAUUGAAUAUUUGCAUCAAGGUUGUGAAAUGCAAAUUCUACAUUUUGAUAUCAAGCCUCAUAAUAUUCUACUUGAUGAGAAUUUUACCCCAAAGAUUUCUGACUUUGGGCUAGCAAAACUAUAUCCAGCGAAUAACAGCAUCGUCUCUUCAAUGGCAGCAAGAGGCACUAUGGGAUACAUUGCUCCCGAGUUGUUUUAUAAAAAUAUUGGUGGUGUUUCAUACAAAGCUGAUGUCUAUAGUUUUGGAAUGUUGUUGAUGGAAAUGGCAAGCAGAAGGAAAAAUCUAAAUGCAUUUGUAGAUCACUCAAGCCAACUUUACUUCCCCUCAUGGGUUCAUGAUCAAUAUAAUGAUGGUAAGGACUUGGAGAUUGGCGAUGCUACAGCAGAGGAAAAGAAAUUAAUUAAAAAAAUGAUUGUAACUGCCUUGUGGUGUAUUCAAAUGAAACCAAGUGAUCGACCUUCAAUGAAGAGAGUCACACAGAUCCUCGUAGGAGAUGCUGAAUACCUAGAAAUGCCGCCAAAGCCUUCUCUAUGCCCACAACCAAUGCCCGUACGCAAUUUGAUUCCAGGAUGUUCAAAUGUGGAGCUAACAUGUACUCUUUCAGCUAGGUGAUGAUCAUCUAGCUACCAUUCACUAUGAAAUUUCAGAUUUUCUUAGAAUUGCAGAUUACUGUAUUAGUAAAAGAUGAACUGUCAAUGAAGUUCAAAUAAUGUAUUUCUCCAUUACUUUGCUGCCUCA